AUGGAGAGUAGGAGGGGCAGAAUCAGAUGGAGUAGCAAGGCGGCGUACGCCCUGGUCGGCUUGUUGCUGUUGAGCUUGGCGAGCCGUCUAUCGGCUCUAUCGGUAACGGUGAACGAAGAGGAAUGCGUAUACGAAUACGUAUUGUACGAUGGCGACACCGUUUCCGGGAAUUUCGUCGUCGUUGACCACGAUAUUUUCUGGAGUUCAGAUCACCCCGGCAUUGAUUUCACUGUGACAUCUCCCGGAGGUAAUGCGGUCCAUACUUUGAAAGGAACAUCGGGGGACAAAUUUGAGUUUAAGGCCCCCAGAAGUGGAAUGUACAAAUUCUGUUUCCAUAAUCCUUAUUCUACACCAGAAACAGUCUCUUUCUACAUUCACAUUGGUCAUAUUCCCAGUGAACAUGACCUGGCCAAGGAUGAACAUUUGGAUCCCAUCAACGUCAAAAUUGCUGAACUGAGGGAGGCAUUGGAGUCUGUUACAGCAGAGCAGAAGUACUUGAAAGCACGCGAUGGUCGCCAUCGUCAUACAAAUGAGAGCACUCGGAGGCGCGUUAUAUUUUACACAGUUGCAGAAUACAUUUUGCUAGCCCUUGCAAGUGCACUGCAAGUUGUGUAUAUACGUCGCUUGUUCGGCAAGUCAGUUGCAUACAACCGUGUUUAG